GGCAAGGCAAGUAUAUGCCGCGGAAAGAAUUUUCGCAAAUGGUCCUCGCGAUCUGUCUGCUGAAAGCCUGAAACCAAACCAGCGUGCGAGACAAACAGGUCCGAUCCGGCGAGGACAGCAGCGGAGGCUCUCGGUCUCCUUCAGAUCUCGCACCCCCUCCAGAUCUUGCGCCCCUCCCAUGCCCACUCCCCCUCCUCGGAUCUAGCCACUCCGCCCCUCUCCUCCCCCGGUCCCCGCGGCCGGAGCUGAGAUCCGCGGCCAUGGCGGGCGCCGCGGGAGGGUUCGUCACGCGGGCCCUCGAGGCCAUGCUCAAGGAGUGCGCCGCAAACCGCGGCAAGUUCGCCGCGCUCCAGCAAUCCAUCCAGUCCUGCCUCGAAAGCAUCAAGGGAGCGCAAAAGGAGGAGGAUGGCGCCGCGGCGGCGGCCGGCAUCACGGAGGCGCUGGCGUCGGCGGGGCACGUGCUCGAGGGACCCCAGGCCGAGCUGGUGCUACAGCCGCUCCGCCUCGCCUUCGAAACCAAGCACAUCAAGCUCGUCGAGCCCGCGCUCGACUGCCUCCACAAAUUUAUUGCUUAUGACCAUCUAGAAGGUGACCCUGGUUUAGAAGGUGGUAAGAAUUCCCCGUUAUUUACCGACAUCCUGAACAUGGUCUGUGGUUGUGUCGAUAACACCUCCUCUGACAGUACUGUUCUCCAAGUCUUGAAAGUGCUUCUCAAUGCUGUUGCUUCAAAUAGGUUUAGAGUACACGGGGAACCAUUGCUUGGAGUGAUUAGAGUAUGCUAUAACAUUGCUCUCAAUAGCAAGAGCGCUGUGAACCAGGCUACGUCAAAGGCCAUGUUAACCCAGAUGAUCAGCAUUGUAUUCAGGAGAAUGGAAUCUGAGCAGGUUUCUGUAUCGCCUGCAAGCUCUGCAGUUAAAGACACACCUUCAUCUAGCACAAAGAACUCUGAAAAUGGGGAAAUAUCUACUGAUAAACAAGAUGGGGAAAAGGUCACUCUGGGAGAUGCAUUGUCCAUUAAUCGGGCUUCAGAAGCAUCUCCAACAUCUGUUGAAGAGCUUCAGAAUCUUGCAGGAGGAGCAGAUAUUAAGGGGCUGGAGGCUGUUCUGGACAAGGCUGUUGAACUUGAGGAUGGCAAGAAAGUUGGAAUUGACCUGGAUACUGUGAAUAUAAUACAGCGUGAUGCAUUGUUGCUCUUUCGGACUCUUUGCAAGAUGAGCAUGAAAGAAGAAAGUGACGAGGUUGCUACAAAAACAAGGCUUCUGUCACUUGAAUUGUUGCAGGGAUUGCUAGAGGGAGUCAGUGAUACGUUCACCAAAAAUUUCCACUUCAUUGAUUCUGUUAAAGCAUAUCUUUCAUAUGCUCUUCUGCGGGCAUCUGUCUCUUCAUCUCCCGUUGUUUUUCAGUAUGCUUGUGGGAUAUUUUCAAUUCUAUUGCUCCGUUUUAGGGAGAGUCUGAAGGUAACUUUGUUAUUAACAGAAUUCAUAUUAUAUGAAUAUUAUUUUUCGUGUUGGACUUCUUGCUGUGUCAUUUACAUUCUUUGUAUUCUUCAAAUAUUUGUGCAGGGGGAAAUCGGUGUCUUCUUUCCUCUGAUAGUUUUAAGGUCUCUAGAUAGCUCUGAUAGCCCCCUCAGCCAGAGGGCCACUGUUCUUAGGAUGUUGGAGAAAGUUUGCAAAGAUCCGCAAAUGCUUGCAGAUGUGUUUGUAAAUUAUGACUGUGAUCUUGAGGGACCAAACCUUUUUGAACGCAUGGUUAGUGCGCUCUCAAGAAUUGCUCAAGCAUCUCAAAGUGCUGAUACCAGCUCCACUGCUUCAUCUCAGGCAGUUUCUGUAAAAGGCUCAUCUCUUCAGUGCUUGGUGAAUAUUCUGAAGUCAUUGGCUGAUUGGGAGCAACUUCGAAGAGAUUGUGCAAAAGAGGGGAGCAUUGUCGAAUCUCAUGAAGAGGAUGCUUCAAGAAGCUUGACAAGUGAUGAGACAAAGAGCCAAGAGGAUGAUCGCAAUCAGUUUGAGAGAGCUAAAGCUCAUAAGUCAACAAUGGAGGCUGCAAUUGCAGAGUUUAAUCGUAAAUCAGCAAAGGGGAUUGAGUAUUUGUUGUCAAAUAAAUUGAUUGAAAAUAAGGCAUCAUCUGUAGCUCAGUUCCUCAAGAGCACUCCCAGCUUGGAUAAGGUUAUGAUUGGUGAAUAUUUGGGACAGCAUGAGGAGUUCCCCCUUGCUGUGAUGCAUGCCUAUGUUGAUUCCAUGAAGUUUUCAGGGUUGAAGUUUGAUGCUGCAAUUCGUGAGUUCCUGAAAGGAUUUCGCCUUCCUGGCGAGGCACAAAAGAUUGAUCGCAUAAUGGAAAAGUUUGCUGAGCGGUACUGUGCUGAUAACCCUGGACUUUUUAAAAAUGCAGAUACUGCUUAUGUUCUUGCUUAUGCUGUCAUAAUGUUGAAUACUGAUGCACAUAAUCCAAUGGUGUGGCCUAAGAUGUCAAAAUCAGAUUUUGUUCGUAUGAACACUGGGGGUGAUGCAGAGGAAUGUGCCCCAAAGGAGCUAUUGGAGGAAAUUUAUGAUUCCAUUGUCAAGGAAGAAAUAAAGAUGAAAGAUGAUUUACAUGCUACUUCAAAAACCACUAAACCAAGACCUGAAACAGAAGAAAGAGGCCGUCUUGUCAAUAUUCUCAAUUUAGCUCUUCCAAGACUGAAGUCAGCAAGUGAUACAAAGGCAGAGAGUGAAAAGAUCAUCAAACAGACUCAGGCACUUUUCAAGAACCAGGGACAUAAGAAAGGUGUUUUUCAUGUUGCACAGCAGGUUGAGCUUGUUAGACCAAUGCUUGAAGCUGUAGGAUGGCCUUUGCUUGCUACAUUUUCAGUGACCAUGGAGGAAGGUGACAGCAAGCCUAGGGUUGUAUCAUGCAUGGAAGGGUUUAGAGCUGGUAUCCAUCUUACACGUGUUCUUGGGAUGGACACCAUGCGAUACGCUUUCUUGACAUCCUUAGUGAGGUUUACAUUUUUGCAUGCUCCUAAGGAAAUGCGUAGUAAAAAUAUUGAGGCACUGCGGAUUCUUCUCGCUUUAGCUGACACAGAUAUGGAUGCUUUGCAAGAUACUUGGAAUGCUGUUUUAGAAUGUGUCUCGAGGCUCGAGUAUAUCACUUCAAGUCCUUCAAUUGCUGCAACUGUUAUGCUGGGAUCGAAUCAAAUAUCGAGGGAUUCUGUAGUUCAAUCGCUGAAAGAGUUGGCUGGGAAGCCCGCCGAACAAAUCUUUGUAAACAGUGUAAAACUGCCAAGUGAUUCCAUUGUUGAAUUCUUCAAUGCCCUUUGUGGUGUUUCUGCUGAAGAACUGAAACAAACACCCGCUCGUGUCUUUAGCUUGCAAAAGCUUGUCGAGAUAAGCUACUAUAACAUGGCUCGUAUACGUCUGGUGUGGGCCAGAAUAUGGUCUGUAUUGGCUCAGCAUUUUAUUGCUGCUGGGAGCCACCAUGAGGAGAAAGUUGCUAUGUAUGCCAUUGACUCACUGAGGCAGCUUGGUAUGAAGUACUUGGAACGCGCAGAAUUGAACAACUUCACAUUUCAGAAUGACAUACUGAAGCCUUUUGUCAUUUUAAUGAGGAAUAGCCACAACAAAAAGAUCCGUAGUCUAAUUGUUGAUUGCAUUGUUCAGCUGAUCAAGUCAAAAGUUGGUAGCAUAAAGUCAGGUUGGCGUUGUGUAUUCAUGAUAUUCACUGCAGCGGCUGAUGAUGAGGAUGAAUUGAUUGUUGAAAGUGCUUUUGAAAACAUAGAACAAGUUAUCUUGGAACAUUUUGAUCAAGUCGUUGGUGAUUGUUUCAUGGAUUGUGUCAAUUGUCUUAUUGGCUUCGCCAAUAACAAAUGCACUCCUAGAAUUAGUUUGAAGGCUAUUGCUCUCCUACGUAUAUGCGAAGAUCGUUUGGCAGAGGGUUUCAUUCCUGGUGGCGCUGUUAAACCUGUUGAUGCUGUUCCAGAUGCCAAUUUUGAUGUGACUGAGCAUUACUGGUUUCCUAUGCUGGCUGGCUUGUCUGAUUUGACUUUGGACUCCAGACCAGAAGUCAGACAUUGUGCACUUGAAGUGUUAUUUGAUUUGCUGAAUGAGAGAGGACAUAAAUUCUCCUCUCCUUUUUGGGAGAGUAUUUUCCAUCGUGUACUCUUUCCUAUAUUUGAUCAUGUAAGGCAUGCUGGAAGGGAUGGGCUUUCUUCUGGAGAUGAUUGGCUUCAUGAUACUAGCAUUCAUUCUCUGCAGUUAAUCUGCAACCUUUUCAAUACUUUCUAUAAGGAGGUAUCAUUUAUGCUUCCACCCCUUCUUGGUUUGCUGCUUGAGUGUGCCAAGAAAACAGACCAAACUGUUGUUUCAAUUGCUCUUGGUGCUUUAGUUCAUCUAAUAGAGGUUGGCGGUCACCAGUUCAGUGAUGGUGACUGGGAAACAUUGCUAAAGAGCAUUAGGGAUGCAUCAUACACAACUCAGCCCCUUGAACUACUCAAUUCGCUAGGAUUUCAGAAAUCAAACAAUCAACAGUUCCUUUCAAGAGAAGCGGAUACCAACUCAUAUGGCAAUAGUUACCAUGAUACCAGGGGAGGAGCCUCCAUCGGUAAUAAUGGUGAACAGGAUAGUCAUCCAGAGACAAAUCCACAAACUAUCCUGGAGAAUUCAGAAGAUUUGCCAUCACCAUCAGGGAGAACACAGCCUGCAGUUUCCCCACGUGGUCAAACCUUUGGACAAAGAAUUAUGGGUAAUAUGAUGGAUAAUCUUUUGGUGAGAAGCCUUACAUCCAAAUCAAAAAGUCGAACAGACGAUGUUGCUCCACCUUCACCCGUGAAGACACCUGAUGAUGAUGGGGCUGAGAAGACAGAAGAAGAGAACCCUAUGAUGGAAACUGUUAGAAGUAAAUGCAUCACUCAGUUACUGCUGCUUGGGACUAUUGACAGAAUACAGAAGAGGUAUUGGAGCAGGCUAAAAGCCACACAGCAGAUAGCAAUAAUGGAUAUCUUGCUCUCACUCCUAGAAUUUGCUUCUUCCUAUAACUCACCUUCAAAUCUUCGAACAAGGAUGCACCAUAUACCUCCAGAAAGGCCGCCACUGAAUCUUCUUCGGCAAGAACUAGCUGGAACUACUAUCUAUUUAGAGAUCCUACAUAAAUCAACAGUGGAGCAUGAUGCAAACGACUCGACUAAGGAAGCAAAUAGUUUUAGUGUAGAAUCUGGUGAACAGGAAAAGUUCAAGAACCUAGCAGAAGGGAAGCUGGUUUCCUUUUGCGGGCAGAUUCUGAAAGAGGCAUCUGCUCUCCAGCCUAUCACUGGGGAAACCGCUAGUGCAGACAUACAUCGUGUACUGGACCUACGGGCACCUGUUAUUGUCAAGGUUUUGAAAGGAAUGUGUAUCAUGGAUGCUCAGAUAUUCAAAAAGCACCUAAAAGAGUUUUAUCCGUUAAUUACGAAACUUAUCUGUUGUGAUCAGAUGGAUGUCCGUGGAGCCCUUGGCGAUCUUUUUAGCAAACAACUUACUCCACUUAUGCCCUGAAUCCCGAUGAUAGUUUCUUCUGUUGCAUAUAUCUUUUCUAGUUGAAAUAUAUUCGUCAUCGGCAUUUUUGUGUGAACAUGGAGCACUGGAAGGAAGCUUUACGUUCUUAGGGCACAUUUUCAGGUGCAACAGCUACUUCCUAAGAGGUGAGGAACUUGGUUGGCGAGAAGCUGUAAAUCGACUAAGCUACAUUUUUUGGAUGAUGCGAGUACACAUAUGAUGGAAAGUAGGCUGCCAGUCACGCCAUUUUUCCUUGUGACAUUGUAUUUUAUGUGUUAUCUAUAUGUCUGGAUGGGGACGAUCGUUCUAUACACAGUAGAAUAGCAUUGGCGAUAUGUACACAUUGUUCAGGACAUUGUAUUCGAGUCCUUGUUAUAUGGCAAUAAUAGAUUACGCGCAGUAGGUCUUCUACAGUUUUGUGCAUCAUCUAAAGCUGAGGAUAAGUAUUGAUUA